AUGCACCAGUCUCGUCCCUCUUUGUGGCCUUCGCUUGCUAGUGAUUCUACGAAAAAUGAUGAAAAGGAACAGAACGUGGGAUACAUUUGCGAUUACUCCCGCUGUAGCUAUCUGCCUAUUUACGAUGUCCAUCCGACAAAUACCUAUGCAAUGGAUGACACCCACUGGAGGGCAGCAAACAGUGGUCAAUCGAAUAUGUGUGGCUCUUCCAAUCUACGAGUGUCUUGUGAGUCUUGGAAUCGAGCUACCGACUCACAUAUCGAUGUUCAGUCGUCAAAUGGCUUCUUACCGUAUCGAUCAACCGACUGCUGCAAUUUGGACACCAUUUGUUUCACGUAUGGAGAUGACUUGAUAUGGAGGGACCCAAAUGAAACGUCUAAGAGAUUUGAGCGCGAUAGCGGUGUGGCAUUGUGGGGUGAUCCAGAUGCUGCCAACGCACGACCGGUUCGUAAUUGGCUAGUUGGCGAAGGAGAAGAGGAAGACCUCGAGACUGCUAUGGUUAGUCAAACCAUAUUCCCAAGUAAUGAUGGAGAGACAGAUAUCCAAAAUCAAGAACGAGGGGAUUCUCCACGCGAGUGGCCUUUUCCCUUUCCUAAACCGAUUGCUAAGAACAGAAUUCCUUCAGGAUGGACUGAAUUGCCAUCUAGAGAAAGACAGUGGUCCAUCCAACGAAGCGCUUCAACGAAGACGGCUACUCCUCAAUCAUCCGAACCGCCUGAUGUUUUAGAAUAUAGCCAAAAUUCGCAACCCUUCACCCAAAGCAAUCGCUUAUCUCCUACAGCUGCUCAUUUCAUCAGCCAGCUUCAUGCAUUGAUACCGGGUCUGCGGGCAGCAGAAAUGGAUCUGCUACGUGUUCAAUCUGGCACGCUUAUACUAACCUGCUCUGAGAAACAGAUUAACUAUCUGUCUCUACUCAACGCACUAUUAUUACGGGCAGCACUUCCUAAUAGUAUAGUGAUAAAGGGCAGCGAAACUCAAAAGGUCAACCUGGUGAAAGAUGGAACUAUCCCAGAGGAACUAAUUGCUCGCUGCAUGUCUCAAGAACAGAAGAUAGAAUUGGAUCGUCUUGAAAUUCGGGUUGCUGCAGUAAGGGUAGAGGUUGCAAAUCUUUCGAAGAGGAUACAAGCGAAUACGAGAAAUACUGAUAUUCCCAACGAACGGCUCACUCUCAAAGAACAACCUAUUUAUGACCUCUCUUUUCCGUUAUGA